AUGAAACAUAUCUUCGACACCCUAUGCGAAACAGCUAUGGACGAAAACACAGCCCUAGUACUGGCCCUGCAAUUGGUGGCGCUCUUCUCCAUCGCCGGGGCGCUUCUUCUGUAUCUCCUGUGCAAAAUACGCGGCGGCAGUUCCGAUUUAUCGGACGGCGGUUGCCCGGGCGCCGGUAAACCGGUGUUAGUCACGUCCGCAGACAAUGCCAUAGGCCUUCAGAUAGCCGUCCAUUUAGCGAACAGAGGCUUCCGCGUGUUCGCCGGUUUGAAGAACGGCGCUUCGUCGGGAAGCAGCGAGGACUCCCCGUCGGCGAGGAUAAUCCGCGCCUGGCAGAAGCACAAGGAGAGCGCGAGCGCGCCGGGCGUCCUGAUCGCCCUCCCGCUGGAGGUCACCAGGGAGGAUCUCCUCCACGAAGCGGCCGAUUUGAUCAGGGCGCACCUGCCGGCAGGAGAGGACGGCAUUUGGGCGGUGAUCAACACCAGCGGGGUGUGCUACAGGGGGAAGCUGGAGCAGCAGGACGUCGCCCACUGGGACGCCACGUUCAAGAACAACGUCGUGGGCGUCCUGCGGACGGCCAGGAAGUUCCAGAAUCUCCUCCGCAACGCCGGCGGCAGGAUCAUCACCGUCGGGGCGACGGAGUACCUGGGGACCGGGCUGGUGGCGUACCUCGCCAGCCGGUACGCCGUGGAAGGGGCCAGCAGGGCGCUGAGGCAGGAACUGGCGCCGCUGGGCAUCAAGGUGAUAGCGAUCAAUCCGCAGGGCGUUAUGCCGGAGUUGCUGUUCGCGGCGCCUAAAAUGUCGAAUCCUGCGGAGCAACCGGAGACGUCUGUCGAUAUUAGCGGUCACUUGGAGUUCCAGCCGGUGGUUUUAUCAGCGAGGGCUCUUCGAAUGCUCGAUAUCGCCUUGACGACGAGGAAUCCGAAGGCGAAUUACAAUUUGGAGGAUAAGCAAUGGUACGGUUGUUUGGAGUGCUUGAAAAUCGUUUAA